CCUUCCCUUGUCAAAUUACCUUUUUCUCUCUCCACACAUAUACUUCUACACCCUUUCUUCUUCUUUUUUUUCUUUCCCCAAUUCCCAGAUAUGUUCUCUACUGAGCUAUAGAGGGCUGCAGCUUCGGCUGCAUCUUUGUCACUAAUUUCCGUGGCAAAGGCCAAUCUCGAUCACGGUGCAUCCACUAUCUUCACCGCCCGACCAGCGCCCCGCUAUGCCUCACAAACAGAAGAAGAAUUUCAGCAAUGCCCCCAAGCACGGCUCUCCCCGAGCGGAGAAAAAGCAGCAGCAGCCGCAGCAGCAGCUACUCCGUCCAGACUCGCCGUCUUUCUCGCCGCCGGUAGUUGCCCCCACCAAUUAUCAGGAGAUCCACCAGAAUGAAGUCGAAGCAUUGCGCUCCAUCUACGGUGAUGACUUUGAAGAGGUCCAGCACAGGCGCUCUGCCUGGCAGCAAUCGUCCGAGGUCGCGUUCAAGCUUCAUCUGCGAGCCUCGUCGAACCCUGACGUCCACCUGGUAUUGCUCGUCGAGCUGCCCACCACCUAUCCCAAGACCUACCCCAACCUAUCACUGGAAAACUUAGACGAUCUCCGAAAAGGCGCUCGAUCGAGAAUUCAAGACAUUAUACAGAAUAAGCCGAAGACCCUUCUCGGCUCUGAAAUGAUAUACGAACUGGCGGUGUCCAUUCAAGACGUCUUGGAAGAUGUGGCUGAGGCUCAAGCUCAAGACAAGGAUCUUCCGAGCUUAGAGGAGGAGCGAAUGGAACAGGAAGCCGCCGCAAACCAGCGAGCCGAGCUAGAGCGACAAGAGGAGCUCCGGAAACAGGAGGCAGCCACAGCAGAAGAAGAGCGUGCCCUCCAGCAGCUCUUGGAGGACAAGGUCCGAGAGCGGGCCAAGGCACGAUUGUCCCGACGUAAAAGUCGCACUCCUGGGUUGGAUGCGAAUGGGGACACUGAUGCUGUGGAGAACAUCCCCGGGGCGAUUACCUUCGACCCUCCGUUAGCUAUGACGGAUACGGACCAGGCCACCCUGGUCUUCCGCGCGGUGUACGGCAAAUCGCUUCUCCAGAUCGGACCAGGAAAGGAGACAUAUACCGUGAGACCGGUCGUCUCCGACAACCGGUCCCAUGCGCCUUUGCUGGUUCUGAGGGAAAUCUCUCUGGAGGAGAAGGGAGUCGAGCCCCUUCUGUUCCGAGAGAAGAUGCGCUCGAGCGAGGACAGGCUGGAAGGCCUGAAGAAAUUACGGCAUCCCAACCUGGUGGAUUUUGUUGGGUUCAAAAUAACCCGACCUAUGAGCAUGCAGGACAGUCAGGAUAGCAUCUGGACUGUCUAUGCUCUCCAGGAGUAUUCGAACAAGGGAACAUUGGCCGAGUUCUUGGAUAUUGUCGGGACCGUUCCUGUGGAAGUACUCCGCAGCUGGACAAUCCAGCUGCUGGAAGCCUUGGAGUUCUACCAUCGUAGUGGUUUUGUUCAUGGCAAUAUUCAUUGUGGUCGCAUCCUAUUGUUCAGAACUCGUACCGGUGGGACCAUCGUGAAACUGCGGGCUGGCAUUGAAGAGGCACUUCCUGAUUCACCGGCUAGCAAACGGUUGCUCACAACGUCAAAAUCACCGUUCUGGAUGCCCCCUGAAUUAACACACGGGACCGCACCGUUGACCAUGAAGACGGACGUCUGGGACCUGGGUAUCGUCUUCCUUCAGAUGGGAUUCGGAACGGAUGUGCUUCAGCGUUAUACUUCAGCAAAUGCGCUGAUGGGCACGCUCGGGCUAUCGACUGCUUUGCAGGAUCUACUGCAUGAAUUCUUCAGGCCCGAUCCGAAGAAGCGGCCGACUGCUUUCCAACUACAGCCUUCGGAAUUCUUCCGUGUGGACACUCCCUUGAUUGCUCGUACCAGUGCCUCGAACUCAAUCUCUCUACCGAGGCGUCCACGUCUUGAUUCCCUUAAUGGCUUGCCUGCCUUCUCGCGGUACAACCAGGAUUUCGAUGAAGCUGGGCGGUUAGGAAAAGGAGGUUUUGGGCAGGUGGUGAAGGCAAGGAAUAAGCUCGAUGGUCGCUUUUACGCGGUCAAGAAGAUUACUCAGAAGUCUACCGCGGCCCUGAAAGACACACUAUCGGAGAUUAUGCUCCUGUCCCGGCUUAAUCAUCCUUACGUAGUACGUUAUUAUACUGCGUGGAUCGAGGAGGAUUAUGAUUACGUAGACGAGGAAGCCAUCUCUUCCACGGAGAGUGACGUCUUUGCUAGUCGGGACACGCAUGCCUAUGAUUAUAGUACCGGCGGGCUUGACUUUAUAAGCUCGAGCGGCUAUCCUAAGAUUGAGUUUGGCUCCGACAGUGACGAGGAUAACGAUGGAACUCUGUCCAAUGGAGAUAAAGGCGACACGCCCUCGACGUUUGAGACGGAGAGUGCCACAGGCAAGGAGCUUAGUCGGGUGCGGUCAGGCUCCCAGGGCAGGCCCGUACUUACCACGCUCUUCAUCCAGAUGGAGUAUUGCGAAAAACAUACCCUUCGCGAUCUGAUAAGAAAUGGUCUGUACGAUGAUGUUGACCGGUCCUGGCGCUUGUUCCGGCAGAUCCUGGACGGACUGAGCCAUAUCCACGGCCAUGGAAUUAUUCAUCGGGAUCUCAAGCCAGACAAUAUCUUCAUCGACGUGGCGAAUAAUCCCCGUAUUGGAGAUUUUGGUCUCGCUACCAGUGGCCAGUUCACGACAGCCGUGCGCUCUUCUACCACUGCCGAUUUUGAAGGCAACUUUACUCGCAGUCUGGGCACGACCUACUAUGUUGCCCCCGAGAUGAAGUCGGGCAUCACCGGCAACUACAAUGAAAAAGUUGAUAUGUAUUCUCUCGGUGUGAUCUUCUUUGAGAUGUGUCAUGCCUUAUCCACAGGCAUGGAGCGCGAUCAAACAUUGCGAGCUAUACGCGAACCGAACCAUACCCUGCCGUCUACAUUCCAGUACACGGAUAAGGUAGUCCAGGGCAGGAUCAUUAAUUCGUUGUUGAGCCAUAACCCGAGCGAGAGGCCUACAGCCUCGGAUCUUCUCCAUAGCGGAAAGAUUCCUCUGCAGGUCGAAGAAGAAACCUUCAGGCGCGCGAUCAUGCACCUACUAUCUGAUCCAAACUCUCCCGACUAUAAGAAGAUUUUAUCCGGCAUCUUCUCUCAAUCACCCAAGAAGUUUGAAGACAUCGCCUGGGAUAUGGACUCUCGCGGUACACCGGGCGCCACCGAGUUGCUGAUUCAAGGUCUUGUCAAAGAGAAGCUGACGUCGAUCUUCCGCCGCCAUGGGGCUGUUGAAACCCAGAGGCAGAUGCUGUUCCCCAGAUCUCAGCACUACAAUAACGGCGCUGUGAGACUGCUUGACUCCUCCGGCAACUUACUUCAACUGCCAUUUGAUCUCACCCUGCCCAAUGCGCGUGCUAUUCCACGACAAGAUACUUCACUGGAGAAAACAUUCGCUUUUGGUACCGUCUACAGGGAAUUGCCUCAUGGAGGCGAGCCCAGGACUCAUAAGGAGGUAGACUUUGAUAUUGUGUCACACAACACUUUGGAUCUGGCUUUGAAAGAAGCCGAGGUAAUCAAGGUGCUGGAUGAGAUUAUCGAAGAAUUUCCUCCUCUGAGAUCUUCUCCUAUGUGCUUUGUUAUCAAUCAUUCGGACCUGCUUCAGAUCAUUAUGGAGUUCUGCCGAAUCACGCCAUCUCAGAUCCCUCGUGUCAAGGAGGUCAUCAGCAAGCUGAACGUAGGAAAAUGGACGAUGCAGAAGAUUCGAAGUGAGCUUCGCUCCCCGGCUAUCGGAGUUGCCUCGACCUCGCUGGAUGACCUGGCACGGUUCGACUUCAGAGACUCUCCAAAGCAGGUUCAGAAACGACUGCGGGCUAUAAUGCAGGGUACGAUAUUUGCUGAGCGAUUGGCACCGAUUUUUGCUCGCAUCAAUCUGCUCGUGGCUUAUCUGCAGAACUUUGAUGUCAAGCGGAAGGUUUACAUGAACCCUCUCGGGAGUCUUAACGACAAGUUCUUCCGAGGCAGUAUUCUUUUCCAGUGUGUCUUUGACAGUAAGCGGCGUGAUGUAUUCGCGGCUGGCGGACGGUAUGAUUCGCUGGUUCAAGAGUUCCGGCCCAAGGUCUUGGCCAGUCGUUCUCAAACUCAUGCUGUGGGAUUCAACUUGAGCUGGGAUCGCCUCAGCUCGGCUAUGUCGGAGUACCUUGGAACACCUACUAAAACCCCAGCGAAGAGCUUUGAUAUGGAGACUGGGGCUUUCUGGAAGACACGUAGAUGCGAUGUUCUUGUAGCGAGUUUCGAUCCCACAGUGUUGCGUACCAUGGGCAUCAAAAUUGUCCAGGACCUAUGGCUCAAUGACGUCAGUGCAGAGCUGGCUGUGGAUGCUUCCUCGCUGGAAGAACUCCUGAACAAGUACAGGGAAGACAGCCAUGGCUGGAUUGUGAUUGCAAAGCAAGACAGUCAGGAGAGGGGUUUCAAGGUCAAGAGUCUCUCUCCAAGAGAAGAGUUCGAUAUCCGAGGCUCUGAACUCAUUCCUUGGCUGCGGAACGAGAUACGUGCGCGCUACCAGCGAGAGGGUGCAGCAGACCCCUUACGGCAGUCUCGUCUGCCCAGCCAAGCAGACCCAGGACCUUCCUUCAAUGAGCGAUUCAGCGACGUCCGCAUUCUUGUACCCCAGCAUCGAAGCAAGAAGUCCAACCGCAGGAAUAUUGUUGAGACAGCAUUAUUCCGAUCCCGCGAGGUGGUCGAGGAUGCCCUGAACGGGCCAGUUGCCGCCAUAGAUACUCGCGAUGAGCUGCUAGAAGCCAUCAGGAACACCCGCCUCUCCGACCCUGAAAGCUGGCGCACAGUCAUCCAGAACGCGCCCUUGACAGAACGAAAGUACCUCACGCAGGUCCAUGAAUUGCUACUAGACCUUGCGACCGAAAGUCGUGUAGAUGGGAUGGAGAGUUUCAGCAAUGCUUUCAUAUACAACUACCGCACAGGGUCAUGCAUAUACUACGACCUUGGAAGCGCAGCCGACAGAUGAAAUGAUGUGUGAUGUUACGUGUUAUGUGUCUCUUAUUGUAUCUGCUGUUGAUUGAAUCUCCUCUUCGAAUAUACCCACAAUUAUGCCAUGCAAACAAGCGUUGAAAUUAGCCAUUCCAUAGAAUCCAAACGAUG